AUGGAGUCGUGGCAAAGACUCACUGAUUCCCCUUUUUCACGGGUUAACCACCAAGCAGUUUGCUUAGAUGGACGUAUAUUUGUUUUUGGGGGUUUUAAUUCUCAGAUGUUUGAUGUUGACUACAAUGAACGUCAGAUAGAUACAUUUAUAUGGGAUAUUCAUACAAAUAAAUGGGAACAGCUCCCUUAUCCUCUGUUGCUGAAAUCAUGGGACUGCACUCUCAAAUCUUGGGGACCUGAUCCUAUUCUAGAGAGUAGCGGUUCUAUUCAACCCAGUCUUAGAUUCGGUCAUACUGUUGUUGCUUGGCGAGGUCGAGGAUGGCUUUUUGGUGGAAGGAUGCAACAGCGAGUAUGCUCCAAUCAGUUAUAUAUGUUCGAUCCUGGUUCAAAGUCUCCCUGUCAACCGUUUAAUCGGUCUACAGUAUCCGGUAGCCUGAAAUUGAAUCACUUUUUUAAUACUAAAAAGUUUCAUCCUCCCUGUUGGGCUGAAGUAAGAGGUACAGUUGGUAGUGUACCGAGUGCUCGGGACGGUCAUUCAGCUACUGUUUUAGAAAAUGCAAUGUUUGUAUUUGGUGGUUUCGAGGAUGUCUUUGAUAAUUAUGACAAUUCAGUUUAUCGACUGGAUUUCAUUACUUGGAAUUGGACGCGUAUAGAAAUUCGUGAUGAUUUACUACCGUUUUCAGAUCUUUCCCUUAAUGUCCCAAUGGAUACAAAUAGAAGCGGACAUGAUCAGACAUCGCAUCCAAGGACUCCUUUACCUCGUGAUUUCGCUUGUCUUAUUAGUCACCAUGGUCGUAUAUUUCUGUUUGGUGGACGAAGUAAGUCCCCUAAUCAUCCAUCGUGUGAUGUCUAUGAUUCUAUUCUAUGGGAGCUCAUUCCUCUUGUUAAUGUAUCAGAUUACUCUUCCUCUGAUACGGCGAAUAUCCCUAAAGAACAGAAGCUAAUUCCGGCUAAAUGUGAUGUUUGUGAUGCAGAAAUGAUCGAUUAUUUAGGUACUACUUCUGGUGGCUUAUUACACAUCCUCUGGGAAGAAGAAACAGGGAACUGGUCCGGACCUGACUUCUGGGCAACUUCUCCUCCCCGUCCAUGUUGUUUGUGGAAAUUCAUUCAUCACAAUGCGGAAAACAAAUCAUAUGCACAACACAAUUAUAAAUUACCAUCAAACUAUCGUUCUCGUUGGUCAGGUGGUAGUGCAGUUUGGAUAAUCCUUCAUCCAGGUCAUGGUUUACAAUCACCAGAAGUUCUGCUUUCACAAAUAUUCAAUAAAGUUAAUGAAUCGACUUGUGAUUCAAAGUCAUCAGUUGUACAAUCAUCGUCAUCAACAUCACUAAAGUUAAAUUCACCUUACGGACGUAGAAGUCUUUCACAUUGGUCCUACAAUGGUAAUCUAUACAUUGCCUUUGGAGCUAUUCGAUCACAAACAGGUCGCAGUCUUCAGUUACAUUAUCAAGAUGUUUGGCGUUUCAAUUUGUCUACUUUGAAUUGGAUGCAACUUUCCUACAUUCCUAGUAUAAAAUCAUCAAAUUUACACAUGCAUGUACCUUCAGCCCGUAGACGUGCUGUAACAUGUCUUUAUCUGGCACCACCCAGUAUUCCUCAUCAUGGUUAUGAUCCUACACUUAUUAAACAACAUCCUCGUGUAUUUUUAUUUGGUGGGACACAACCAAAAGCACUUAACGAGAACUUGUCUCUUAUAAGUAAUACCAACCAUAAUAGUCGGCGAUCUGUCAACGAGUCUUCAACAUCUUAUGGAAUGUUUCCUGACAGAAGUUUAUACAAUGUGAAUUGGGGCAAUAAUCGAACUCAAAAUGAAGUACUUGGGUUGAGAACAAUCCAUUCCACAUUGAAAUCAUUCGUUUCAAUUUUAUGUAUUCAGUCGAAUUCUUCAAACCAUCAUAAUGAUGAGAACAAUAAUAAUGUCAUAAUUUCGAAUUCUAUCACGAAUUCAUCUUUAUCGACUUUUGCAGUACCAUCGUCGUUGUCAUCAUCAAAUACACCAAUGACAAAUUUCUAUCUUAUCAUUAUGAUUCCGUCGUAUUUACGCGAUUCGCACGUAUUCAGUGAAUUGAGUUCGUUGUUAAUUCAUGAUUUUAUCCUGUUAUCUAAUUUAUUCGUCAUAAGCUUUGAUGAAUUAUCUCAAUUGUCUCAUCAUUUAACGACUAGUAGUUUUGGUAAUAAUCUUACUGAUGAUGAUGAUAGUUCAUCAUUCAUUAAAUACCUUGAAUGUAUGCUUUCUCAUCAAUCCACCGUCAAAAAUCCACAUACUACUAGCCACGGCACUAGUACUAAUUAUAGUGUAACUGCUGAUGAAAUUAUUCACCUAUUUCAUGUGACCCGGAUAAUUUUAGCAAAUAACAACUGUUCUUCGCAUAAAACAACUAAUCAUAACGAGAAUAGUAAUAAUAAUAACAGUUCUGAACGAAAUUCUGUGCCGUAUCCACUGUCAAGAUUUCAUAUUUUUUUUGUUGCAAACUGUCCAACGUCGUGCAGUUGCCUUUUGUCCAGCUCUGAGUCAAAUCAAAACUAUAAACCUGUGAUAUUAAAACAUUACACAUUUUAUCAAGAUUCACAUGAAGUAAUCAACUUCGAAGAACCAUGUAUUAAUCAUACAUCUGCUACGUACAUUUCAUCACAACUAAUUAACAUCUGUCUUAAAUCAGUGGUAUAUAUUUUAUUCGAAGCGGUAGAGCGUGCUUCAAAAUAUGCGCAUGUCAAGUAUCAUACAACAACGCUUGAUUCAUUAUCAUCAACAAUGUACAAUACUGCUGUGUUUCGUGAUGUUGAUGAAGAGGAUCAUAGUUGUCAACAUAAUCAAAAUUUCCUAGCUUAUAAAACGUUUUUUUUAUAUUCUGAUAUAGAUAUGGAUGAACUGGAAAAUUAUGCAACUUAUGUUUAUAUUAAUGUGUAUCAGAUAACAUCUGUAGUUAAUAAUAAGCAUAAUAAUGAUAAUUCUUUCUCUUCAUUAUCAUCUACAUCAAAAUUGACUUAUAAUCCUAAUAUUCUUUGUUAUACAGUUAAGAAUUCUGUACAACAAACUGUAGCAUCUGUUUUAUUGAAAUAUUUAAAUUUUAUUCAAACUUCAUUUCAUUUCAUAUUUGAAGAUAGUAAAUUGUCAUUAAAUCAGCAAGAAAUUUUACAAUCUUCAUCUACAGAUCCUGUUCAUUUAUACAGUGAUAACAAUGCUAAUACUACUAAUAAUAAUGAUACAUUUUCAAUGACUUCGAUACAUUUCACAACAAGAGAUUCAUCUAUAGUAAAUUCGGCUGGUCAUAUCUCCGGUAGAUAUUUAGAAUCAUCUACUUCAAAUAGUAAUGGUAAUCCACAUGUAGCCGGAUCUUCACAAUAUUUUCUAAGUGAAACACUAGCUCUAGAAAUACUCAACAAUGAGAAUAUUUUCAACUUUACAGGAAUUGGCAUGUACAGUAAUCCUCCACGUGCAACAGUUGAUGAUGAUGAAAUUAACCAUGAGAGUGAUGUGGUCGGUGAAGAUGAUGAAUAUGAUAAUGGUAAUGUUUCUGUGGAUGCUGAUUAUUCGGAAAUUCAUUGUAUACCUAAUGUAGGCGUUUUGUCUAAAGGUACAGAAAAACUCAUUGAAUUAUCUGACUGUUACUCGUUCAGUUUCGAUACUAGCCUCUAUGACUUAUGUCUUCGCGUUUCAUCUGAACUUGCUCAAGAACCUGUUGUGACACAGAUUUUACCAUCAACCAUAGUGCGUGAUCUAAAAUUUCUAUACUCAUCUCAUAUUUACUCGAUGCGUCGAUCUCGGUUCGGAUAA